CACUGGAGAAGCGCUUUGUUCUUUGGCGCUGUUGCAGUUCGAAGGAAGCGACGCAGGCCUCCGGUGGGAGAAGCGGAGGCAAGCGAGCAAGGCGGAGGUGCGAGCCUCGAGCAAGACCGCGGCGGGGCCAGCUUCCUUGGCAGGCGCCUCCUGCCCCUAAGCCCGGGUGACAAGCAAGCGGGACGGAGGCAGCUUACUUAAGUGCGGCGGAGAAAGCCGGGCGUGCUGCCACCCAAGCGCCAGCAGUCGCCGCGGGCGGUGGAGGAGGCGAGCGCUGCCGCCACGCGCGUGGGGACCGCGGCUGCCCGAGCGCCCGCCGUCCGGGCUCGACGCCUCCGGCGCCCGCUCCUCUCCUCCUCCCGCACCGUCUUGCUGGAACUUUCUCAGCGGCGCCGCUCGGGAGGAUGCUGGAGAGCGGCUGCAAGCCGGUGAAGGAGGGCGUGCUGGAGAAGCGUAGCGACGGCUUGCUGCAGCUGUGGAAGAAGAAGCGCUGUAUCCUCACCGAGGAAGGGCUCCUGCUUAUCCCGCCCAAGCAGCAGCAGCAGGAGCCGGCGGCGGCGGCGGCCGCGUCUCCUCUCCCUCCGCCUCCCCCGGGCAUGGAGGCGGCGGCCAAGAUCAAGGAGCUGCCCUUCUCCACCAUGAAGACGGUGGACUGCGUGGAGCGCAAGGGCAAGUACGUGUAUUUCACGGUGGUGAUGGCCGAGGGCAAGGAGAUCGACUUUCGGUGCCCGCAGGAGCAGGGCUGGAACGCCGAGAUCACGCUGCAGCUGGUGCAGUACAAGAACCGCCAGGCCAUCCUGGCCGUCAAGUCCACCCGGCAGAAGCAGCAGCACCUCGUCCAGCAGCACCAGCACGGGCCCCGCCUCCGCAGCGCCUCCAACUCCGCCUAGCCGGGGCGCCAGUGCAGAUGGAAUUCAAGAGGCACUUCUGCAAGCAAAGUUGGAUCCUGUUUCUGAUGAUCACAAACUUGGCAGAAAGAACAGAGGUACAAGAGAACAUCCAUUCAACCAGUGGGAUCUUCCCAGUUUUGACACUGUUGAUGAUUGCACUGGGAAGGCAUUUCAACUCUUGUAGAUUUUGACUACUACUAAUGAACUUUCGCAGGAUUCUUUGAUGUGCUGGGCCUCAAAGGACAUACAUUGUACUGCCAUUUUUAUUCUAAGCUGUUUUAUUUUUACAUUUAUUUAUUGGUGGGGUGGGGUUAAGGUUGUUUGCAAGGUGUUUCUGAAUGUAGACCAUCUAGCACAGAAUAAAAUAUGGAGCAUAAUUGCAUAUUCACUAGUCCUGGUGGGAGGAAAAGCUGAAGAAAAGAAGAGGAUGUUGACAAGAAAUUUACCAGAAUAUGAACUUUCCAACUAGUUUUUGUAUCAUUUUUCAUCUCAGCAAUUGAAAGACUGUUACAAAAAGAAUGUAUGAAAUAUAUCCCAAUGUGUUAAGUGUUCAUACCAAAAUCCUAAUUCGUAAGAGCCUCUUCUCAAAGGAAAGCAAUGGCUUGGCCCUUGAUUACCAGAUGGUUUUGAUUUUUAUUAUACAUUCAUCUGGAGAGUAUUAUAUUUUGUAUUCAGCAGUAAAUUCAUUAGGUUAUGCCACUUCAUAUUUCUGCUUCAUACACAGGCUGCAGGAAUCUGACUUGAUGGAGUCUCAUGAAAAUAGAUACUUUAAAAUACACUGAUGCUACAUUCUUCUUUGGUAUGGUAUUCAGAUAGGAGAACCAUGCUGAUAACUGUUUGUUGCACUUUUUUUGUCUAAAUGGAGACCCUUAGCAUAAUGUUUCUCAGAGACAUCUUACUUGAUUCUGCUCACAUGAUUCUGAAACCUUUUCAUACUCUUAAAUUGUUCUAAGGGUGUCUUAAAGUGUUGAACAGAGUAAUUCACCCAUAAUUAUCACAAUUUGGUUUCCUGAAUGAUCCUUAGUGCAACAUUUUCCAUAGCUUCCUUCUGUAGUCAAAAUCCAAAUGUAUACUUGGAACAACCAUAAAGCAUUUAAGAACUCUGUAAGAAAACAGAUAUUUCAGCCAUGGAACACUACAUUUUUGUUAGUUUCAAAAAGGAAAGUCAGCUCUUUCGUUUACAUUCUUAAAAUGCUAUAAGUAAGGCUUCAGAUAACAUUGUCCUAGAGACAAAGCAGUUAAUCCAUUCUGGUAUAAGGAAUGAACUGUUAUUUAUUAACAGUUAAUUAAUUGCCUAAUUUAUUGUUAAUUGGAUAAGAAAAGAUACAGAGAUGUGCAAAACAAGUUCUGGUAUUCAAUUCAUCUUUUAUGUUGGAAGGAUACCUUGUGUUUUCUUUCACUUCUUUUUCUUCCUAUCUGCAACUAAGAGAACUCAUUCUGCCCCUAUUAACUCCAGAUUGUAUCUAUUUUAGUGCACCUUGAGAGGAUUGUUUGAAUGUAACUGUGCAUCCUAACCUUAACAAGUUAUGAGUGAUCUUCUCUCUUAAAAUUUCAAGUGUAAAUAUAGACCUUAUGAAGGCAUGCGUAGAGCAAGGCUCGGCAAGGCUUGCAUGCCCUGGUGCACCCCUUUUCCAUAUUAGGCAGGAAAGCCAGAAAGUUGCAGCUCAUUCCUCAGUUGGGAACCCCAGUUACAAGGGACUUGCAACUGUUUAGCCAGAUGUGGGGUGGGCAGACUGUGUUAUGGCAGGACAUGCUAAGCUCGGUGAACAAAUGCCCACAUUGAGGUUUUUAAAUGCCUUUUUAGAGCCUACCUGGCUUCCUCCUCAGUCUUACCCAAAUAGUGAUAGCAUAAAGACACCAGUAUAUUUGGAAACAGGGCUUACGUCAGCUCCCCACAGCCUGGUUCUCUCCUGGUACUUUCCAACAGAGGCUACCAAGGCUUGGAGUUGCAGCCCAACACAUCUGGAGUAUACAAGGCCAGGGAGGGCUGGCAUACAUGAUGAGUUUUACCAUUUUUCUUUCCUGCCCAAAUCUGUGAGAACUCCCCACCUACCCCCACUACUCCUGCCAUUUAAUGUUCUGGAACAAGGAUUUGGACCAAAAUAUUUAGUUCCAUACUAAAUAUCUUGGAGGUGGCUCAUUCUGUCCUAACUUCUUAGUGAACUGUAAAAUGCUAAGCAAAAGCAUGGAAGAAGUCUCAAAUCAUCCAAUUUCCUUUACUUUUUAUAAGGCAGCGGAAAACCUUGAUGCCAGCUCAUAUCUUGUAUCUGUGCGUGGAGAUGAAUGACAUCCACUGAAAUGCAAGGAACCUGCCUGUAAAAUGCUAAGCAAAAGCAUGGAAGAAGUCUCAAAUCAUCCAAUUUCCUUUACUUUUUAUAAGGCAGUGGAAAACCUUGAUGCCAGCUCAUAUCUUGUAUCUGUGCAUGGAGAUGAAUGACAUCCACUGAAAUGCAAGGAACCUGCUAUGCAUAUCUGGCUGUAUUAAAAGCCCACAGAUAAAACAUGUAGGAAAAACUGUAGACAGUGUGAGGGAAUUGUGCUUAUCCUUUAACCUAUCUAAAGGACAAAUUUGCCAUUCUUAAUUCCUUUGCGGGGGGUGGGGAGUUAUUUAUGAUAUUUUAAUUUGUACAAUCAAGUGGUGUGUGGCUAUUUUUCCCUUCACCUAGUCAUCCUUGCUUCAUUUUGUGUUACCUGUAGGACUUAAAUUCCCACUGCAAUCAUUUAGAACAAGCCUCUGAUGCUAGCAGAUGUCUUCAUAAUAUAUUUGAUUAUUAAAAUGAGUCAUUGCUAGGCUGUUUCAGACUGACAGAGCAACAGGUUUAGGAUUGCACCAUUAGAUUUAUUUCAUUAAAUCAAAUAGAUUUACUUCCAAGUAAAUCCUUGCUUUGGAUUUGGUUGUAAAUUCCAUUUGAGAUUUCAUAAGCAGUGCAACCCUUGUGCAUUAUCACCUCCAGGGUACAUGGACAUAAAUAAUGUAGAAUCAAGUAAUGAUUGCAGCUUAUAAGAAGUCCCGGGUUAAUUACACCUUUUAUGAAAUACUUAUUCAGCAAAAAAAAGUCACAUUUUUUUGACUGUCACAGAAAUGGCUGCCAUAUGUAUGAGCCAAUUUCUUUGCAAGAAAGGACAAGAACUGAGUGAGAAACUUCAGGCUUGUAAUGACUUAGGAACAAUAGAUGGUUUUGCAUCUGUGCUUUCGGGUUUCUCUCCCACCAGCAAAGGGGCCAUUCACCAGAUCUGUACAGAUGCAGUCAGAAACAAUUACUAUUUUACCAACAUUAAUUCAUGUGAUGUCCUCCGGUGCUUCCAGAUGAGUCUUUUAUUGCACCAUCAAACUCCCUCAUUCCUAGAAUUUUACAAGGGAUCCAGAUGCCAUUGUCUUUCACUUGUAACCCUCCGAUGUUUUUCUAGCACUUCUUCCAUCUUUUUCUUUAAACAAAAUAUUUGUAUAAAAAUACCAUACAAAAUAGCUACAGGAUGUCAGUUGCUGGGGAACAUUAGGAGCUGUCCAUCUGGAAAUAAGCCCAGUGAAAAGCAGCUAUAUGAUGCUGUCCCCAGUGAAUGAAAACUAACAGGUGUCCUGCUCUAUAUGUUUAUUUCUCAUGUGAGAAGGUAUUCCUGUGUCAAAGGGGCGGGGGGGGGGGGGGAAGCCCUGUGUUUUCUCUGCAGUAUUCUGGAAGUAACCCUUUACUGCCACUCCUAUAUAGCCAGAACACUGUGCCCUGUUUCUAAAUUCAUGGUUUGCAAAUACCAGCUUUGGCAAGUGAUGUACCAAAUGUUUUCUGGCAUAUUGUGAGCUGGAACAAGUGUUAUCUAAUGUGUGUAAAUAUGAUUCAGAUAAUUUCAGAAAGAUGUGAUUUAUUUUUCAAUAUGCAUUCCAUUUCAAAUAAAGAAGUACCUACUGAAAUAGUUGGAUGACAUGGUAUGAAACUGAUGUCCAUGAGGCACACUGAAAUUGUGAAAUCUUUAAUGGACUGCUGUAAAUCUCAUUCACCUCCAUGAAAAAUCAUUUUAAUCAGUGCCAAGGAAUUCACUCUGGUUUGAAGUCAUGCUGCAGAGGAGAGCUUGAUGUUUAAGAAAAAUAAUCAGUGGUCUUCACGAAUGCUUCCAAAGAGAAAUACUGAUAAUUAUUUUAAUUAUAAUAUAAUUAUGAUUUAAUUAUAAUUAAUCAGUAUAAAUACUGACAACUGGAUGUUUUCAAGAAGGUCUUUUGAGAUGAAAAGUUACAUUAACAGUAUUGUGCAUGUUUGCCAUUCUUCUUCCAUAGAAUCCGUGCUUUUCUGGGGAGAAUGCUUUAAAAAAGUACAACCAAAGUAAAAGUACAAAGUAAAGCUGCAUCUUUUCCUCGCUUUCCUAGCCCAUUGAACUCAAUGAGACUUUCUUCUGAAUAGAUAUGUACAGGAUCACACUGGAAAAAGAAUACGCACAGCAUUGUUUAUAAUGCAGCUGUAUUUCAAUUCUACAGUUACUUGGGAGUAAAUCCCAUUGAACUCGAUAGGAACUCCAUAAAUUCAAUGGAACUUAUUUUUGAGUAUAUAUGUAUAGAAUUGCACUGUUGAAUUAUUAAUUUAAAUAAGUUUGCAGACUGAUGGUGACAGCUGAUUAUUGUGUAAAAGCACUUAAUUUAUACCUAGGCACUGUUCAUCAAUAAAAGUGCAGAAUUUUUUAAUUGAAA